CAACCCCCUUUUGGGAAAAAAUCCCACAAAAUUUCAAUUCAUUACGAGUGAUCCCAAAAAAUAAAGAAAAUGGCCGCAAUUACAUCAGCUACCGUCACAAUCCCUUCUUUCACCGGCCUAAAGCUCGCCGUCAGCUCAAAACCCACGACGGUAUCCACCACCAUAAGAUCCUCCUCCGCCACCAGGACGGCACCUAAGCUCUCUGUGAAGUCCUCUUUGAAGGAUAUCGGCGUCAUCGCCGUGGCAACAGCAGCUUCGAUUGUUUUAGCCGGAAAUGCAAUGGCCAUGGAGGUUCUUCUAGGAUCCGACGAUGGUUCUCUUGUUUUCGUACCAUCUGAAUUCACAGUGGCUAAAGGAGAGAAGAUCGUGUUCAAGAACAACGCAGGGUUCCCACACAAUGUUGUGUUCGACGAAGACGAGAUCCCUAGUGGUGUGGACACGAGCAAGAUCUCGAUGGACGAGACAGAGCUUCUUAAUGGUGCAGGAGAGAGUUACGAGGUUACUUUGACAGAGCCUGGCUCUUAUAGUUUCUACUGUGCGCCGCACCAGGGUGCUGGUAUGGUCGGGAAACUCACCGUCAAGUAGUAAAUUGUCUCGAGACUCUCUUGUUCGAGUACAAAGCUUAUUCAAAGUUUAUUUAGAAAUCUAAUUUUGAAGAGAGUGUUGGAUAAUAAAAAAAGAUUAUAUAAUGUUUAAUGUCGUAAGUUAGUGGUUUCACUGGCUCUUUUGAACAUUUCAAGUCACGGCCAUUCUUUGUGUCCGUGAAAAGAGCUUUUAGUUUGAAUAAAGUUUUUGUUUUAGGUCUC